AUGCCAUUAACACCAGCACAAGUUGCACAAGCAGUAGCAUUAAUUGACCAAGGGCUGACACAGCGUGAAGUUGCUAUUGUGCUUAACGUACCACGGUCCUCAAUGCAGUAUUCACUGAAACGAUACCAGGAGACAGGACGCUACACACGCAGGCCAGGCAGUGGGGGCGUAAGGUGCACAUCGGCCCGGGACGAUCGUUUUAUUGUUAUGGAGAUUUUGAGAAACCGCUACCUGACCGCUGUUGAGAUACGCCAGCGGCUCCAAAUCGCAAGAGGCGUUAAUGUUAGUGAGCGUACGGUGAGAAGACGAAUGGAGGAAGUGAAUUUAAAAGCUCGUAGACCAGCACGCGGUCCAGAACUUCUCAGACAGCACCGAGUAGCCCGACUUCAGUUCGCAAGAGAACAUGUCAAUUGGACCCACGAGCAAUGGGCUAGAGUGUUGUUCACAGAUGAGUGUCGAAUAGCUUUACGUGCUCCAGACGGUCGAGAACGAGUGUGGAGAAAAAGAGGAGAGAGGUUUCUACCCAUUACCACCACCCAAACUGUGAGUUUCCAUGGAGGCUCAAUAAUGGUAUGGGGAGGUGUAAGUUCCGACGCACGUACAGAGUUGGUCAUCGUCGAUAAUCGGCUUACAGCUACUCGAUACAUCGAGGAAGUUCUUCAGGAGCACGAAUAUCUGGAAGAGGUUGGAAUACAAAAAUUACAGUGGCCAGCUCGUAGCCCGGACUUAAAUCCAAUUGAGCAUGUAUGGGGUAUGUUCAAAAGAAAGAUAAAGUCCAGCUUCAAACCGCCACAAACUCUAAAUGAGCUCCGAAAUGCAGCGCUGGCCGCUUGGGACAGCAUACCGCAAGUUGAUGUCAGAAACAUCAUUCAAAGCAUGCCAGAUCGAAUGCAAGCGGUUAUCAGGGCUAGGGGAGGAAACACCCGAUAUUAA